AUGGAGAAGAUCUGUGUAGCUGUCAGAGUGAGGCCAUCCUCAUCGGAAAACGGAUCUUCCCUCUGGAAAGUCGAAGACAAUCGCAUCUCUCUUCACAAGUCACUCGACACCCCAAUCUCCACCGCUUCUUACGCUUUCGAUCAUGUGUUCGACGAAAGGUCUACGAACGCUUGUGUCUACGAACUUCUUACUAAGGAUAUUAUUCAUGCCGCUGUUGAGGGUUUUAAUGGUACUGCGUUUGCUUAUGGGCAAACUAGUAGUGGGAAGACGUUUACAAUGACUGGUUCUGAGACUGAUCCUGGGAUUAUUAGAAGAUCUAUCAGAGAUGUGUUUGAAAGAAUACAAACGAUAAAGGACCGUGAGUUUCUCAUCCGGGUUUCGUAUAUGGAGAUUUAUAAUGAAGAAAUUAAUGAUCUUUUAGCUGUUGAGAACCAGAGACUGCAGAUUCAUGAGCAUUUGGAGCGAGGAGUGUUUGUUGCUGGUCUUAAGGAAGAGAUUGUUAGUGACGCUGAACAGAUUCUAAAGCUUUUAGAUUCUGGAGAAGUUAAUAGGCACUUUGGUGAGACAAACAUGAACGUUCACAGUAGCAGGUCCCAUACCAUCUUCAGAAUGGUGAUUGAGAGCAGGGGAAAAGAAAACUCUUCUACGGAUGCUAUCCGUGUCUCAGUCUUGAAUUUGGUUGACUUGGCUGGAUCUGAGCGUAUUGCUAAAACCGGUGCUGGUGGAGUGCGCUUGACAGAAGGGAAGUACAUUAAUAAGAGCUUAAUGAUUCUUGGUAAUGUUAUCAAUAAGCUAAGUGAAAGUUCAAAGCUAAGGCCACAUAUUCCGUACCGUGACAGUAAGCUCACUCGAAUUCUUCAGCCGGCGCUUGGUGGUAAUGCGAAGACUUGCAUUAUAUGCACUAUCGCACCCGAAGAGCAUCAUAUUGAGGAAUCAAAAGGAACUCUCCAAUUUGCAAGCAGGGCCAAACGCAUCACCAACUGUGCUCAAGUCAAUGAGAUCUUGACUGAUGCUGCUUUGUUGAAACGCCAAAAAUCAGAGAUAGAAGAGCUACGUAUGAAGCUCGAGGGAUCCCAUGCUGAAGUGUUGGAACAAGAGAUACUAAAGUUAAGCAAUCAGAUGCUUAAGUAUGAGCUAGAAUGUGAAAGGCUAAAGACACAACUGGAAGAAGAGAGAAGAAAACAGAAGGAGCAGGAGCAAUGCAUCAAGGAGCAACAGUUGAAAAUUGAGAACUUAAACAAUCUUGUCACUAAUUCAGACUUUAAGACGAACAAAUCAGAGGACUUUGUUAGUUUAAGAAGGAAGCCAGAUGGGCGAUGCAAUGUCAGUGAUAGCAGCGAUGUUCUUGGGACUCCUUUCUUUAAAUCAGCUGAACGUUCCUUUGUGGUUGCUCGGUCAAAUUAUUCAGGACUGUCUGAUUUUAGUCCGAUGGUUGAUUCACUGGGGGACGUGGCCGACGAAGACACUUGGACAAAACUAAACAAGGGUUUUGUCGCAGACCUUGAUCAACUCCAGUUUACACCUGCAUAUAAAAGGCAAACCACUCCAUUAACUGCUGCAACCGCGGAACACUUGCGUGAAAAUCACAAAGAGGUUGAAGAUCUUAAAAGUCAGAUUGAGUUGCUGACCAGUGAGAAGAACAGUCUGCAGGUAAAGUUCCACGAACAGGUAGUUCAGAACAACAAACUUAUGGAACAGAUGUCUGAGAUCAAACAAGAAACGCUUCCCAUGAAAGAAAUUCCAAAACGAUUAUUCGAGUCAGUUGGUAACUGCAAGGAUGUCUACAAGGAUGUUAUAGUCACGAUGAAGACAUUAAUGGGUGAGAAAGAAUCUCCAACAGGAAAGCUAAUCUUCGGUGCAACUAAAAUCACAACGAGCCUUCUUUCAACUUUAGAAUCACAAUUCUCAAUGAUAAUAGAUGGUCAGAAAUCUGGUAGCAACGUAGAGCAUCCUUUAUCUGAUCAAUGGGAAACACUCCUUGGGAGUCUGAAGAACACAGCCUCAUCGUUGGUGUCAGACGCACAAGCGCAAAAUAAAAUUCUUAACUCCCACUACAAGGGACAAGAAGCUGCUGCAAUGGAGGAGAAACUGAAGUCUGAGCUCAGCAACAUCAAGGAAAGAUAUAACGAGCUGGAGAAAAAGUUGUCUAUGGAUAAACAGCUUUUACAAGCUUCAAGAGAGAGCCAUGAGAAGCUGGAAAAAGAAGUACAGUUCCUGAAAGAAGAAAGAGAUUCAUUAGAUGCAGCAGUCUCUCAAUCAACUCAGAGGUUGAGAGUGAUUGCAUCUGAUAAAGAGAAUGCUUUGAAAGAUCUUAAUGUGGAAAUGAAGAGAAGGAAAGAGAUGGAGGAAGAGAUUAAGCAAAUCAGCUUUGCUUUCUCUAGCAGGCAGAGAUCUCUUAUGUCUUUCCACAAUGAAAUCAAAUCCAAAAUGCAGAAGCUAACGACGCAGAAUCCAAAAUCCAAGUAGCAGAAACAGCUGUUUUUGUGUUAUUUUAAGCCAUUGUUAUGUAUUUUCAUUGAUAACCAAUAUUGAUAAUGGUUAUGUAACUUAAUGUAACAACAGCUCAUUACUGUACCCCCGAAUUUAUUCUAGACAUGUUCGAAGAUGAACCUAAAGAACCAAUUUUCAGACCG